AUGUCGUCGUCAACGUUGAGCACCGCGGCGGCGAGCAAGGAAUCUAUCACGGAGACGGGUUCGACGGCUAAGAAAGAAGAGGAGGAUAUUGGAAGCGUCGACGAGGGUGCGACUACCCUCGACGCCGGUGCGGUGGAGGGAGGAAUGCGCGCUUGGCUCACUGUCAUCGGCUCGUCGCUCGUCUACUUCGCGUCCUUCGGCAUCAUCAAUAGCUUCGGCUUCUUCCAGAAGUACUAUCAGACGAGCUACCUGCCCUCGGUGCCGGCGUCGACGAUAUCCUUCAUUGGCACCAUCCAGAUCACGCUCAUGAACCUGCUGGCAGCCCCGGCGGGAUCACUGUUCGACUGCUACGGGCUGAAGUAUCUCUACAUAUUCUCCGGGAUAGGCUGCGCAAGCGCCCUCGUCGCCCUCUCCUUCACUCAACCAGGCAUCCUAUGGCAGCCGUUCCUCAUCCAAGGUGUCCUCCUCGGCAUCGCCAUUGCAUUCGGCGCGCAACCAUCCCUAGUCGUAGUCGGUCAGCACUUCGUCCGGCGCCGUGCGCUGGUAAUGGGCAUCAUCGCCGCAGCGGGCAGUGUGGGCGGCGUCUGCUUCCCCGUCAUCUUCGCUCGACUCGUGCCUUUGGUUGGCUUCGCUUGGUCGUUGCGCGUCGUAGCCAUGGUCGUAGCUUGUUGCUACGCGGCUGCGCUCGGGAUCUCGCAUACGAACUACCCGGCCACGAAGCUGACGUCUGUCGGUGCGCUGUUGGACUUCAAAGGUUUCCUGGACCGGAGGUAUUCCGUGCUAGCGGUUGGAGCGUUCAUCGCCAUGUUGGGCCAGUUUGUCCCGUACUACUACAUCAGCACAUAUUGCUCCGUUGCGAAUCCAAGCUCGGAAGCGAAGGACUAUCUCCUCCCCCUUAUGAACGCAGCAAGCUUUGUCGGCCGGAUCCUCGGCGGCCACCUCGCCGACAUCCGCGGCCCCACCAACACCGUCUAUCCAAUGACCAUCCUCUCCGGUCUUCUCUGCCUGACAACCUGGCUCCUCACGUCCUCGCCCCCGAUCCUCAUAAUCUUCGUGCUGCUCUACGGCUUCUGCAGCGGCAUCUUCAUCGCGGUGCUGCCGGCCAUCAUCGCGCAGCCGCAGCUCUCGCCGCCCGGCGGCCUCGGCGGCCGCAUCGGCGCGUUCUACAGCGUGUGCGCGGUGGCGCAGCUGGUGGGGAGUCCGAUUGGCGGCGCGCUGAUUAGGACGCCGAAGGAGGUUGGGAGUGCGGGUGGGGAGGCGGAUGGGUAUGAGGGUUUGGUUGUGUUUGCGGGUGCGACGUUGGUUGUGGGUGGGUGUGUUAUUUUUGGGGCGAGGGUGUUGCAUGAUCGGAAUUUGCGGGCGAGGUUCUGA